GGAUUCCCCGCGCAUUUUCAACUCAAAAGCUGUCAGGAACACGUUAUCUUUGCAACAGUUGAAUCAACUGCAAAAAGCCUCGUAAAUUAGGUUUAAAAAAAAAAAAUCCAAACAUGCCUGCCACUACUGAAAUACUCUCCAAAGAUGUGCACAAAGACUGUGAGCGUGAGGACAAGCAGGAGGUGAUGGAGAAGCAGAAGAAGUCUGGAGCUUUGUGUGGUGAAGAAGCUUAUCUGGACCUGGUCGAGCACAUCAUGCAAAGUGGCCGCAAGAAGGGAGACCGGACCGGGACGGGAGUCCUGUCCGUGUUCGGGGCUCAGGUCAGAUACAGUCUGCGAGACCAGUUCCCUUUGUUGACAACCAAGAGAGUUUUCUGGAAAGGAAUUCUUGAAGAACUGCUGUGGUUCAUCAAGGGAUCAACAAAUGCUAAGGAGCUGUCGGAGAAAGGCGUUAAGAUCUGGGAUGCCAAUGGCUCCCGUGCCUUUCUGGACAACCUGGGGUUCACAGACAGAGAGGAGGGCGACCUCGGGCCUGUGUACGGUUUCCAGUGGAGGCACUAUGGUGCCGAGUACAAAGACAUGCAUACAGAUUACACAGGACAAGGUGUUGACCAGCUGCAGAACAUCAUAGACACCAUCAAGAAGAAUCCAGAGGACAGACGGAUCAUCCUGUGUGCUUGGAACCCCAAAGACCUGCCCCUCAUGGCCCUGCCGCCCUGCCACGCCCUCUGCCAGUUCUACGUGUCCGACGGCGAGCUGUCGUGUCAGCUGUACCAGCGAUCAGCGGAUAUGGGCCUGGGAGUGCCUUUCAACAUCGCCAGCUAUGCACUUCUCACCUACAUGAUCGCACACAUCACAGGACUGAAGCCUGGCGACUUUGUUCACACCCUGGGAGAUGCACACGUCUACCUCAACCACGUGGAACCACUGAGAGAGCAGCUCAAGAGGGAGAUCCGACCUUCCCCCAAACUGAAGAUCCGGAGGAACGUGGAGAGCAUUGACGACUUCCGCGCAGAGGACUUUGAGAUCUGCGACUACAACCCACACCCCGCCAUCAAGAUGCAGAUGGCGGUGUAAAACCAAAGUGACGUGUUCUCUACUUCACUCCGUUGUAAUUAUCUGGGCAUUUGAUCUUUUUCCAGACUUGGACGUUAGUCACGUUAGUGCCUUAGAUGAGGUUUUGGCCUGUGUGAUUCGGUGAAAGGUCUGGUGCAGGAUGCUUUAACAAAGCAUGGUUUGUGUGUUUAGAUGUUAAUAUUUUUGAGCACUUUAAUUUUUUUAUUUUAAUAAUAUGCAAGACAUUUAUUAUCCAAGCCCAAAAGGGCUCAGUUCAUUGUGAAAAAUGCAUAUGUUCAACGUGUUACAUGGCA